AGUUAUAAUUUUCAAAAGUUUUGUUUUGAAAUUAAACUUGAUUAUUGAUUAUUCCGCACAAUAGAAAAGUCGAAUAAAAUUAUUAAUAUUAACUACCUUCUUCCAUUUUAAUUCAUAAAAAUCACGUUAAUAAUACUUUUGUGUUCACUCCAUUUAAACUGAUUUUAUUUUGCACUAAACAAAAGUAAAUUUUUGUAAUGGAUGUUCCUGAAAAUGUUCGCAAGGAUUUAAUAAAACUUUUACCGGCUUCUGUUAUAAAUGAUAUUGUUUGUUUUACUUUAUAUGAAAUACAUGCACGGGACCCAAGAAGAGUAGACAUAAUAGUUUCUACUAGCAAAGGUGAAGUGUUGGAAUUUUACGACAGACGUAUAAUUUCAUCAAUUUUAUUAGACGAUGCUCGGAAUGUGAAAGAAAUAACCAUAAUUCGGAAUGAAAAAUGCGUCCCAUUCUACAUACUUUUAACUGAAAGUGAGAUAAUUAUAUUAUCAACAAAUGAUACAUUGAACAUUCAUCGUAGAAUAACAAAUGUUGAGAGUUACGAAUUAAUUGAUAACGAAUGUAGUGGCCAGCCUUGUCUUAAAGUUACAUGUAAGGAUGAUGCUGUCCCAGUGAUGUUCGAUAAAAACUUAAAUGUCAGUCAGCCACUUUUGGCAUCCCAAAAUAAAUAUUCUACAGAAUCUGUGCCUUUAAUAACACAGUUGCAGAGAAAACUUACAGAAGCUAAGUACAAUGUGAAUAAAAAUGAAGGUGUUCUAAAUGAUUAUAGAAAACUUAAGCAAGCCGCUGCCUUUGCAUUGUACGAGACAGCAAAGCCUGAGGAUUCCAUCUUUAGGUUAGGAUCUGCUAGUAUAUCAAAAGCAUUGAAGAUAAAAACCAAGUCUCCGAUACUUAAAGUAUGCAACAAAAAAGUUGUAAUUAUCAUAAAUGUUUGGAAUGAGGAUAAUAUACCAAUAGAAAAUAUACACAUUCUUCUACAUGGUACAUCAAAACUGUCCAUCUCAUAUACCACCAAAAUUUUUAUGCCAAUCAAAUCAUCACCCUUUUGGCAAGAGAGUGGUUUUCAUUCUAUACAAAAUAAUGAGGAACAUUUUAUAGUAGGAGUAAUUGAUUUAAAAGAAUUAAAAUAUAAUAUUUGUAGCAAAAUUGAAUUUGAAGUAGCCUUGUCAUACAAAAAACAGGGCAAAAGCUAUUUGUUGCCGUUAGAAAAUGUUUUAGUGUCAGCAUUAGAUACUAUGGGUAAAGAUUAUGAUGUGAUUCUGGACAAUAAAGAUGAUCCAAACAACCUUUUAGCAGUCUUGGCCUCUUCUGAAAAGACUGAUUUAAUUUUAAGGCAUAUUAAGGAUGAAAAUGGACAUAAAAUAAAUAUAUGCAAUGAAAUAUCAAAGCACUUAGAAUUUGAAGUAUUAGGAACAAUGAAGAAUGUAAUGGUACAUAAAAAAUCACCUUAUCAUUUACUAUAUGGGCUAACAAUAAUAUUAGUGCAGGAAUAUGAAUUGAAGAAUAGCAUUGGAAUAGAAGUAUAUUCAAGAUCUCCUGCUCAAGUCCUGGUAUUCAUACAUUUCAUAAAUGAUUCUAUUCCAUUUAGAAUUAUGGUCACAUUGCCAGAACAUAAAAUUACUGCUAAAACUGAAGACUUAUCACACUAUAAUGAUAUCACCUCUGAAACUUUACCACAAAUAGAUUUUACAAAUGAAGCAUCAGGUAUAUUGAAUCAAGCCACUUUAAUAAAAGAAUACUUUGAUAAAUGUAUGAUUAAAAUGAAUGAAAGUACUGAUCAAGGUAUUUUGAGUAAAAUUGGUCAAGAAAUAGAUUUAAUGUCUUUGGGAGUUCCAGAGUAUGUUAAAUUAAAAAACCAGUUGUUAAAUGAAGCUAUGAUUGGACUCCAGUCUUCUGUUAUAAAAAAUAUAGUUAAUGUUGAUAAUGUUGAUUCUCAGGAAAUGAUGGAUGUAUGAAAUAAAUAAUUUUUUAUCUGUGAUAUUAAGUGGAUCAGGGUUGUAAGUAUUAAAUAAAAAAUCAAUUCCA